GCAUAGUGAUCAAAAGGUAAACCUAAUUAAGGCAUCCAACAGCAGGUGAACGAUUCUCCUUGAUCCAGUGUAAUCUGCUCAGCGAUAAGGGCAAGAAGAACGUUAACACCUGAGAAUAGUGACGGAAGGUUAAAAAAAUGGGCGAUAUAAAAUCCUUUUUCCACCAGUGGUGUGCGAAGAACGGCAAAGAACCGCAAUUUGAUGUUAGACCAACAGGACCGAAGCACAGGCAACGUUUCCUCUGCGAAUUACGAAUACCUGGCUAUGACUACGUCGGCGCAGGAAAUUCGACUAACAAAAAGGAUGCGCAAGGAAACGCAGCGAGAGAUUAUGUUAACUAUUUAGUACGUACGAAUUGCGUGAAUCCAAGCGAUGUACCAAAAGAUGCCGGGAUACCGACGAUGACACCGGAUGCUAUUAAGAACGAAGGCUCAACACCAAUGAAAUCGGUAUUCCAAGGAGGCAUGGGACCGAAUGACAUUGGUCAAGCAUACAGGCCGUACAAUGAACGUGGCCAGAGUAAUUAUACAUACAUGGAUAGACUAGCUGAUCAAAAGAAAGUGGAAGAUGCUGAGGACGUUGACGUAAACUCUGGGAUACAUGGGAACUGGACGAUAGAAAAUGCCAAGUCCAAGCUUCAUCAAUUUAUGCAAACUAACAAAAUUAAUGCAGAUUACAAAUAUACUCCGGUCGGUCCGGAUCAUACGAGGAGUUUUAUGGCAGAAAUGUCACUUUAUAUUAAGCAACUUGGACGAACUAUAACUGGCCGCGAAACUGGAUCAAAUAAACAAACAGCUUCAAAAAGCUGUGCUUUGUCUAUUGUUCGCCAACUAUAUCAUCUAGGUGUAAUUGAAGCAUUUAGUGGUACAUUAAAAAAGAAUAAGGAUACUGAACAGAUGAGACCUUAUCCUGUCAAAAUUUCACCGGAACUGGAGAGUCAGAUCCACGAUGUUCUAACGAGUUUAGAUAUAAAACCAAUUGAUGUUAAAGAGCCGUUAAUUGCAAAAGAAGAUGAUAAUAAUACAACUGUACCGAAAGACGAAAAAGAUACGUCAACUGCUGGCGUAUCUUUGUUGACAAAUCAAGUUUUGGAUGACUUCAUAUCUUCUGUACCGCAACCCGCUGGUGUCGUAAGCUGGUCACCACCUCAGCCGAAUUGGAAUCCAUGGACUGGAUGCAAUAUAGAUGAGGGACCGCUGGCAACAACAUCUCUGGAUCAGUUGUCAGAAAAUUUAAUGAACGAACAGCGAGAAAAGCUGCAGCAGGACUCUAAUUUGCAGGCAUGCACCAAGGAAAGAUCAAGUCUGCCUGUUUUCAAUAAAAAAAGCGAGAUCAUGAAUGCAAUUAACGAAAAUCCGAUCAUUAUCAUACGUGGAAAUACGGGAUGUGGUAAGACUACACAGGUUUGUCAGUUCAUUCUGGACGAUUAUAUCGCAUCCGGUCAAGGUGCAUAUUGCAGUAUAGUUGUCACUCAACCAAGAAGAAUCUCCGCCGUAUCUGUGGCCGAUCGAGUCGCCGUCGAGAGAUGCGAAGCCCUGGGACAAUCGGUUGGAUAUUCUGUUAGGUUUGAAUCGUACUUACCGAGACCCUAUGCUAGUAUAAUGUUUUGCACUGUGGGUGUACUCUUGAGAAAGCUGGAGGGUGGCCUUAGAGGCGUAUCGCAUGUUAUAGUUGAUGAGAUCCACGAGCGAGAUGUCAAUUCGGAUUUCAUCAUGGUUGUGCUCAGAGAUAUGAUCCAUCUUUAUCCCGAUCUCAGAAUCAUCCUCAUGUCUGCUACAAUUGAUACAACAUUAUUCAGCGAAUAUUUCAACAAAUGUCCUGUGGUGGAGAUUCCCGGCAGAGCAUAUCCUGUUCAGCAAUAUUUUUUGGAGGACUGUAUACAGCUAACGAAUUUUUUUCCACCUACAAGUUCCGGAAAACGUAAAUCUAAGGAAUCGGACGAUUUACCAAUACCGGACGCAGAACCAGACGAAAAUCUAAAUAAAGUCAUCGGCAAUAAUUAUUCUAUUGAAACAAAGAACGCUAUGGGACAACUGACGGAGAAAGAAAUAAGCUUUGAAUUAAUAGAGGCGCUACUUAUGUAUGUUAAAAGACAGGAUAUUCCAGGUGCUGUGCUGAUUUUCCUUCCUGGAUGGAAUUUAAUAUUCGCGUUGAUGAAACACCUUCAACAGCAUUCUCUCUUCGGCGGAUCGUCUUAUCUCAUUAUCCCACUACACUCGCAAUUACCGAGAGAAGAUCAGCGUAAAGUCUUUGAUCCUGUUCCAUCAUUUGUAACGAAGAUUAUUUUGUCCACAAAUAUUGCAGAAACUUCGAUCACGAUCAACGAUGUCGUCUACGUUAUAGAUUCUUGCAAGGCCAAAAUGAAGUUAUUUACUUCGCAUAAUAAUAUGACUAAUUACGCAACUGUUUGGGCCAGUAAAACGAAUCUGGAACAACGCAAGGGUAGAGCUGGUCGCGUUAGACCCGGCUUCUGUUUCCAUCUGUGCUCAAAAGCUCGAUUCAAUAAAAUGGACGAACACAUGACACCAGAAAUGUUCAGGACGCCUCUGCACGAAUUGGCGUUGAGCAUCAAGCUGUUAAGAUUAGGCAAUAUCGGUCAAUUCUUAUCGAAGGCAAUUGAGCCGCCGCCUAUUGACGCUGUGAUUGAAGCGGAAGUUGUAUUAAGAGAAAUGAAAUGCUUGGAUAAAAACGACGAAUUAACGCCUCUCGGCAAGAUUUUGGCGCGUUUACCUAUAGAACCGCGGUUGGGAAAGAUGAUGAUCCUAGGAUGUAUGUUCCGUGUGGGCGACGCGCUCUCGACAAUGGCCGCAAAUAGUACCACUUUCCCCGAGGUAUACAAUAUGGGUCCGGAUGUAAAAAGGCUGACUGUUCAGCAAAAGUGGUUUGCCGGGGCUAGAUUCAGCGACCAUGUCGCAAUGUUUCAUGCUUUUCAAGCAUGGGAGGAAGCGAGAACAGGUGGCGAAUGGGCAGAACAAACAUUCUGUGAUUCAAAGAGCCUAAGUCUACCGACUUUACGAAUUACCUGGGAAGCUAAGAAUCAACUACAAGCGCUAUUGCAAAGCGCCGGUUUUCCCGAGGAGACUUUGUGCCCCAUGCCAUUAAAUUAUCAAGCAGGUGCGGAUCCGCGUCUCGAUACCAUUACCGCGCUAUUAUGCAUGGGCCUGUACCCCAAUGUGUGCUAUCACAAGGAGAAGCGGAAAGUUCUCACCACAGAAUCGAAGGCUGCGCUGAUUCAUAAGACAUCGGUGAAUUGCAGCAACUUCGAGCAAAACUUUCCAUUCCCGUUCUUCGUGUUUGGUGAAAAGAUUCGCACGAGAGCUGUAUCUUGCAAGCAAAUGACCAUGGUGUCGCCUAUACAUUUGUUACUGUUUGGGUCACGAAAAGUAGAAUACGUGGAUGGCGUGAUUAAACUGGACAACUGGAUCAACUUAGAUAUGAAUCCACAACAUGCAGCAGCCAUCGUUGCUUUGAGACCAGCUUUGGAAAGUCUUGUAGUUCGGGCAUCCAAGGAUCCAGAAACGAUUCUAGAGUUGAGUCCGACUGAAGAAAAGGUAUUGGGCGUGAUUAAGGCAUUAUGCAGCAUGAAUGCUUGUCGUCACGAGUUGCAGCCGAUAAUCGGCGGUGGUUUCCAAUCAGUGCGACCCCCCAGGGGACAUGUAACCGGCUUUCGCGCUAGCUUUAUCACACCUCCAAAACUAAUGCGGGGAAGUGCAGGUUACCGUGGCCCAAUCUUGAAUAACGAGUCCUACGGCGGGAAUGGUGGUAGCUUUAAUGAUAACCGCGGCGGUGGUUACAGAGGAAGCUACAACAGGGGAUACGGCAUGGGCAGUCCGCGCGGUCGAGGAAACUGGAAUAAUAGUGGCAACCGCGGACGUUACUAAUUAAUAUGUUUAUGCUGAUUGUAAUUACCGUGUUGCUAUUACAUUUUAGAAUGCAGUUCAGGACUUAUAAUUCUGGACAUUGAUCUGGAGUGUCUUAGCAUUUAUGCAUAUUGCCUUCCUUUUUUUUACUUUGAUCGACAAAGGCGAUACUUCAAGUUAAUGUCCAGAAUUAGAAAUCAGCACUAUAUUAGAUUGAAUUACUUGGAUGGUUCAAUUUUUGUCUGGAAUUUUUUAUUUCUCCAAGAAACGAAUUGGAGUAUCUCUUGUAGCAGUAAGGAAAUUUUUCCUCUGGUAUAAAAUGGAAGUGAGGCAUAUUGUGAUUAUAAAAUAAUAGCGGCAAUUGCUGCGGUCCAUUUGAUGUUACGGAUACUUCGAAGCAUUUUUUGAUUGGUCAAUUAAAAGCUUUGAAGCAUUUGUAGCGUCAAGGACCCGCACCCAAAAUGUGGAGUGAGUUGAUGUGCAAGCUUGAGCACUGCUAUCUUAAAAGUUUGACUGAAGAAGGGAUUAACAUAUUUUUUAAACAUUUAAAUGUAUGUGAUAUGCAGAAGUCAGGAAUGGUCGAAAGGAAGUCGGUGAUCUUCCGACUGUUAGUUCCAACACAUCAGCUCAAAGACAUCUAGUCUGCAAGCAUAGCAUUGUUGUCAAAAUGAAAAGUGUCGCCAUAUGAAGGGAAAGUAAUGGAGAAAGCAAUAUAAAUUGAGUAAUACAAUUUCGUCGCUAUUACCAUAAUUCUGGACGGAAGUUGAGUCACUCAUGUAUCGUAGGUUUAUAUUAGAUAUUAUAUAUUGACAUUAUAUUAUUAUAUAACAGUAUAUAUACUAUAAAGGUACAUAUAGAUUAUUGAACCGAACUUAAAGAUGAGCUGUGAGUUAAACUUCAUGAGCGUCACAAACAUUUCUGUGAUCCAUACUGUAGUUUCAAUUCUUUUUUUUUAAUUGUUGGUACCUACCUUUCGAAGAAAGUCCUAUGAAGAUUAAUACAGUCAGAUCACGUUUUCUGGGAUGUACGGAAACGUGAUGUUUCUUCGCAGAGUCCCAAAAUCUACUCGUAGUAAACACUUGUAUCCUUGUUUAUGCAAGGAGUUUGCAUUGAUUCUGGGAGCAUCGCACUAAAGAAAUAAGAUUGAGUUAAUGGUGGAGUCUCUAUCCCCCGAAGAGGCUAUCACAGGAUUUUUUUAUCCAAAUUGAUCAUGUGGUACUGUGAUCCUUUAUGUUAGGUCGGAAGUCCAAACAGGAGAAUCUCAAGAAGAAGAAGAAGAAGAAGAAGAAGAAGUAAAUACUUGUGUAGAUUGGUGCUAGGGUGGACGCGGAGUAAACUCUUCUCGCCUGUUACUCAGAUCAGCAGUAUGGCAGUGAUUUCAAUUGUGGAUGCUUUUCAUUUGAUGACACAAGUCGACACAAGCAUCUUUCUACCUCUCUUGGUAUUCAAGCACCCUGUGUGUUUUAUGUGAUAAAGUUUUGUGUUCACAAUGCUAGAAAUUAGACUAAAAUCUCAGAGAAAGAAUUAACAAAUCCCAUUAGAACAAUUUGAUCAUAUGUCCAAUGCGAUUGAUAAAUUCUUUUUUUAUCUGAAGUUUCAGAUCAAUUUCUAGUAUUAUGGCUUCAAAUAUACAUGUGACAUUCAAGAGGUUUGGCUCGAAGCUUGUCUCUAGAUUUGAUUCGAGAUUUGGUUCGAUAAGCUGGAUGUAUCUUAACAUUAUACUAUACUAAUAUAUUAUAACUGCUAUAAUAUAUUAUACUAUUAUAUAAUAGUAUAACACAAUGACAUUGUA